GCCGCACCGCCACCGCAGAUGGCGAGCCCGUACCCCGCGGGCACCCCGUCGGCCUCUGCCAGCCCGCUGCUGCGGGAGUUUCGCGCGUCGCCGUCAGGACGCCUCGGAGAUUCUUGCAGAAUCUCCGGCGGCCUUCUCCGCCGCCUUCUCCGCGAAGCAUAUAAAGCGCGCUCUUUUGAAGAGGCAGGGCGCAAAGCGAAGGAGGGGACGAUAGCGGAAGAGGAGGAGGAGAGGGCGAGGGCUUUGGAUAAGAGUUUUGGAUUCGGGAAGAAUUUUGGGGCGAAGUAUGAGAUUGUGAGUGAAGUGGGGAGAGGGCAUUUCGGGCAUACGAGCUCUGCGAAGGUGAAGAAAGGGGAACUCAAGGGGGAGGUUGUUGCUGUUAAGAUUAUACCUAAAGCUAAGAUGACGACAACUAUUGCAAUAGAAGAUGUAAGGAGGGAGGUGAAAAUCCUGAAAGCUUUGUCUGGGCAUAAAAAUCUUGUCAAAUUUUAUGAUGCAUGUGAAGAUGCCACAAAUGUCUAUAUAGUCAUGGAAUUAUGUGAAGGCGGAGAAUUGUUAGAUAGAAUUUUGGCCAGGGGAGGAAGGUACAUGGAGGAUGAUGCAAAAGCAAUUGUUGUUCAGAUUUUGAGUGUGGUUGCCUUCUGUCACCUUCAAGGUGUUGUGCAUCGGGAUUUAAAGCCAGAGAAUUUUCUCUUCACCAGUAAAGAGGAAAGUUCUCCUAUGAAGCUUAUUGAUUUUGGACUUUCUGAUUUUAUUAGACCAGAUGAGCGAUUAAAUGAUAUUGUUGGAAGUGCGUAUUAUGUUGCACCUGAGGUCCUGCAUAGAUCAUACAGUACGGAAGCAGACAUAUGGAGUAUUGGUGUAAUAACAUAUAUCCUGCUAUGUGGUAGCAGACCUUUUUGGGCACGGACAGAAUCAGGAAUAUUUCGUUCAGUGUUGAGGGCGGACCCUAACUUUGAUGAUUCACCUUGGCCUGCUGUAUCUGCAGAGGCUAAGGAUUUUGUUAGAAGGCUUCUAAACAAGGACUACAGGAAAAGAAUGACAGCAGCACAGGCUCUAAAUCAUCCAUGGUUGAGAGAUGAGCAGCGGAAAAUCCCACUAGAUAUACUAAUUUUUAAGCUGCUCAAAUCAUAUCUUCGUGCUACACCUCUCAAACGCGCAGCACUAAAGGCCCUAUCCAAAGCUGUAACAGAGGAUGAGCUUUUGUAUCUUAGGUCCCAGUUUAAGUUGUUAGAGCCAAAUAAAGAUGGGUGCAUCUCAUUUGAGAACUUCCGGAUGGUACUGUUGAAAAAUGCUACAGAGGCAAUGCAAUUGUCGAAGGUUCCUGACAUAUUAAAUGUGCUGGAGCCUCUCUCCAACAAAAGAAUGAGUUUUGAUGAAUUCUGCGCUGCUGCAAUCAGCCCUUAUCAUUUAGAAGCUUUGGAAGGAUGGGAGCAAAUUGCCAGUGUAGCCUAUGAUCAUUUUGAGCAAGAGGGAAAUAGAGUCAUCACCAUUGAGGAAUUAGCUCAGGAAAUGAACCUUCCCCCAUCGGCAUAUUCCAUUAUGCGUGACUGGAUCAGGCAAUCAGAUGGCAAGUUAAGCUUUAUUGGAUACACCAAAUAUUUGCAUGGUGUAACAAUAAGGAACUCCAACAUGAGGAAUAAUCGCCAAUAAUGAUGUUAUUUUUAAUUAUUCAUUGAUCAUGUAACUGUUUUUCUACAGAUCAUAUUUUCUACAAGUAUACAGAGAUAGCAAUUUUCAUAUCUCCACCCUUUUUGUCUCUUCCCUCUUUGUAGAAAUGCUUGUAAAGGAUGAUAUGUAUAAUUGACUUGGAAAAAGAGAAUUUUUUCAGUUAAGGAAAUGCCUACUUGU